AUGACCAGCGUAACUCCGCCUCAGCACCGCAACCUUAUUGGGACACGGAUUGCCGACGGCCGCCUGGAGCUUCUCUCGGUGCUGGGACUGGGCGCCUAUGGCGUUGUCUAUCUUGCACGGGAUGUCUCCUCAUUUCAACACGCACGCAAGUUCCUCGGCGAGUCGUCGCGAGGGACCAAUGGACAAGGCGACUACUACGCCGUAAAGUGCCUUAACAAGGUCGGUCUCGACAAUCGCCAGCGCGCUUUCCAGCGCCGCGAGACACUCUUGCAUACCAUGACAUCCAGCCACCCGAACGUGGUCUCUUUGCAUCGCAUCAUUGACGAACCGCAUGAUCCCAACGUCUAUGUCAUCAUGGACUACUGCCCGGAUGGCGAUCUCUUCUCGAUGAUUACCGAGAAGAUGCAGUACACCGUGGACCCUGAGCCCUAUGUGCGCGACCCGGUUGCCAACGACGGCCGCCCCAUGCCUGAAGACCCUGCCUAUACCCGCACCCGCCUUGCUAUGGACGUGGUGGUGAAAGACGUCUUCAACCAGAUCUUGGAUGCCGUGGAACACUGUCACAACAUGGGCAUCUACCACCGCGAUCUCAAGCCAGAGAACAUCCUGUGCAUGCAGAACGGACGCCGGGUACUACUGGCCGACUUUGGUCUUGCCACCGGCGACCGCUGGAGCAACGACUUUGGCUGCGGCAGCUCAUUCUACAUGGGCCCCGAGUGCCAAGGUGGCCUGUCGGCACGCCUCUCGCACUACAAUACCGCCGCCAACGAUGUGUGGUCGCUGGGCGUCAUUUUGAUCAAUCUUAUCUGCGGCCGCAACCCGUGGAAGCAGGCCAGCUCCCAGGACGAGACCUUCCGCGAAUACCUCAAGGACCCCGACUUUAUCAAGAAGGUCCUGCCGAUCUCGGAGGAGACGAACGCUGUGCUGAAGCGCAUUUUUACGUUCCGCUCCGAAUCGCGCUGCUCGAUCCGCAGCCUGCGGCGAUGGGUGAAUGCCAUUCCCCGUCUGCAGGCGACCGCGCUCGAACUUUGGCACCGUCACCACUCGGUGCCGAUGGUCGCUACGGACCACCACCAGUCCAAGGCGCAGGUCGAGACAACGCCACGCAUUCCGUCCGACGCACUCGCUUCUCUUGUGCCGCAAGAGGACAUGGACUCUUCCGACGUUAUUUCGGAGGCGCUGACGCCACCUUCACAUUCGUCGGCUGUGCCGAACGCAGGGACGUCGCACUUCUCGCAGCUGUCGCUGGACGACGCAUACGACCGGUGUGUUCAGGAACAAGCUGCCAAGAGCGCCAAGCGUGCGCCGCUGCGUGACACCGCAAUGAACCUCUACUUGGCUACUGUCGACGAGGCCCAGUCUCUGCGGCCUCAUCCGCGCGCCGUGCCCGAGUCGAGCGGCGACCAUUUCGCUGCGAAGCCGAAGCCCAACUCCGAUCUUCUUAUUCCCGAUGUGCCGGUCGACGGUUAUUCCGAGACUUCGCAAUCAGCAAGCGACACGGAUUUCACUUUGACACCUGUCAGCAGCCCCGAUGACAGCAUGGACGCCAGCAGCAUAUGGUGCUCGGGCCCCUGUGAGGCGAUUCCGCCCAUUGUUGCGCGGUGA